AUCAAUUCCGCUCCACUUAAUUCUCUCUCAUCAUUCCUUCCUUGUUUAUUAUUCUCCACACAAUUUUACAUAUUUCUCUGCAACUCUUUCCUUCGAAGCAUGUCUCAAACGCCAAUCCUCGCUGCUCUACUUUUGUUCUUCAUUUCCAUCCCGGUUUCAUCCUAUGGUUCUGUUCUCUCUCCCUUUCUCUUUCUCUCAAUUUUCAAUAUAUAUACUGACGCUACCUUCUUGUUUAUUGCAGAUGGGCCACUUUAUGAUUCAACAGCUUACACUAAGUGUAAAAUACAACCUGAGCCACCUCUAUACAAUGGAGGGAUGCUCAAGGAUCAGCAGCAGCACACCAUUCCAGACACCGGAGAUCGACAAAAAUCAUUCUCGUUUUCUCUUAAAAACCUAGAUGCUGCCACAAAAUACUGCUUCUCCAUUUGGAUCAGGAUCAAGGAUGCCGAAUCAGCCAUGAUAACAGCCAGUCUAGUAACACAAGACACACGCCUAAAAUGCAUCGGAACCGUGACAGCAUAUAAAGGGUGCUGGUCAUUUCUCAAGGGUGGAUUUGUAUUGUCUUCCCCUUCAAAUUCAAACACUCUUUACAUCAAGUCUGCACUACAGAAUUCAGACAGUAAGGAUGUCGUCGGUAUAGAAAUCGCCAGCGCUUCUCUGCAGCCUUUCACUCCACAGCAAUGGAGACUGAAUCAAGACACCAAGAUCAAUCAGGCGAGAAAACGAGCCGUUACAGUUCAUGUUUCAGACAGGGAGGGCAGACAAGUGCAGGGAGCUUCAAUAAGAGUAGAGCAGCUCUCGAAAGACUUCCCCUUCGGAUCAGCCAUAGCCGAAAGCAUCAUAGCAAAUCCUCCCUAUCAGAAAUGGUUCGUGGAGAGAUUCAACGCAGCAGUGUUCGAAAACGAGCUCAAAUGGAACGCAACCGAAUUCAUACAAGGCCAAGUGAACUACACUCUCCCGGAUCAGAUGCUAGAAUUCGUGCAAGCCAACCAAAUAACAGUGAGAGGCCACAACAUCUUCUGGGAGAAUCCACAAUACAUCCCCAAAUGGGCCCAAAACCUGACCGGAUCCGCCCUCGAAUCAGCGGUGACCUCACGAAUCCAGAGCCUUAUGCACAAGUACAGAGGAGACUUCGUGCACUGGGACGUCAACAACGAGAUGCUCCACUUCGACUUCUACGAGGACCGCCUCGGCCCCAACGCCACGCUGCACUUGUUCAAGGCCGCCCACCAAUCCGAUCCCCUCGCCACGCUCUUCAUGAACGAGUUCAAUGUGGUGGAAACCUGCAGCGACGCAGAAUCAACGGUUGAUGCUUACGUUUCAAGAAUGCGAGGCCUCCAACGGGGAGGAGUCACGGUGGGAGGGAUUGGGCUGCAGGGCCAUUUUGAUGUGCCUAAUCCGCCAUUGAUGAGAGCUGUUCUUGACAAACUAGCCACCCUUGGCCUUCCUAUUUGGCUCACUGAAGUUGAUAUAAGCAAUGAAUUCACCAAGGAAACACAGGCUAUCUACUUGGAGGAAGUGGUGAGGGAAGGGUUCUCGCAUCCGGCGGUUAACGGGAUUGUGCUGUGGACGGCGUUUCGUCGGGGGAGGUGUUACCAGAUGUGUCUCACGGACGGUAACUUUAGCAACCUAGCGACGGGGGAGGCGGUGGACAAGCUUAUGAAAGAGUGGAGUAGUGAUGGGUUGGAAGGGAGAAGUAAUGAGCAUGGUUCUUACAGCUUCUUUGCUUUCUUAGGUGAAUAUAAAAUCACUGCAAAGUAUGGUGAUAAAACGGUUGAUUCCACAUUUUCUCUUUCACAGGGCAGAGAGACCAGACAUUUUAAUAUCCAACUCUACUGAACCCUCUUACGACAAUCCAGUUCAAUACAUAGACACCUUCUUUAUCUUUUUCUCUUUUUUUUUCAAAUUAUUACCGCUAGAGAUACAAAACUUGGGCUCGAGAUUACUCUGACCCUGAACCCAAUAUUGAUGGAAGAAAAAAUGUUUUGUCAACUGAAUUUGUGUUUUAGUUGCAUUUAUUACGUCCUGUUAGAUUGCUCAAAUAAAUAUUCGUCCAUAAAAAAUAGUUUUAUUUUGUUAUUUUGGAAUGUCUACAAAAGAAAUAGUCUCAU